AUACAGAAACAGCACGUGAUUCUGUUUAUAUUGUGUAUCCCGCGAGUUUCUUAUCUUUCGCUAUCGGAUCCCCACCGUUCCGAAUCAGGAACAUAUAAGGCUAUCCCCAACACCCGAGCCAGGUGGCUCGUCCCAGCGGAGAAGGGCGCCAUUUGUGAUAGAAUAACCCAGCUAUCGGGAUAA